UCUUCCCUAUUCUCUCUCUAAUUUCUCCGAACUAUCCUGUCUCUCUCUCCUCAUUUUUCUCUGACUCUCUCUCUGCUCCAUCUUUAUACUCUGUUUGGAUGAUUCACUCGUAGCUAUACACACACCUAUACAUACAUACAUAUGGGAGAAGAAGUGAGAUUUUCCGACUACGACGAUCGUGUUCCGGAGUGGGAGCUCGGAUUACCAACCUCCGACGAGUUGCCGCCGUUGUCUCAGCCGUUGAUUACGCCGGAGCUCGCGUCGGCGUUCAGUAUCUCGCCGGAACCCUACCGGACUGCCGGAGACGUUGCUCGCGCGUCGGAGAUCACUUUCUCGGGAUUGCGUGGACAGUACUCGUCGAAAUUAGUGAAUAAUUAUAAUUCGUUUGAUAAUUCGAGGAGUGCGGAGUUCGAUGUGGAGGAGAUCGAUGCGGAUCGAAAUGAUUCGAGGAAGGCGGAGACGAUUAAGCGGCAGAGACUGGUGUGGACGCCGCAGUUGCACAAGAGGUUUGUGGAUGUGGUGGCGCAUUUAGGGAUUAAGAAUGCGGUGCCGAAGACAAUUAUGCAGCUGAUGAAUGUCGAAGGAUUGACGCGAGAGAAUGUCGCGAGUCAUUUACAGAAGUACAGGCUUUAUUUGAAGCGAAUGCAGGGAGGAGGAGCAAGUGAGGCGAAUGAUCAUUUGUUUGAAUCGACUCCGGUGCCGCCGAGUUUGAAAGAGUCUUCGGUGAGGAGUGGAAGUGGUAGUGGGAGUGGAAAUGUGAGUGGACAUGUGCCGAUGCAUUAUGGAGCGCAGAUGGUGCCAAUGCCGAUGCCGAUGCCAUUGCCGGUUUAUGGACAGAUGAGUGGCUAUCCUGGAUUUGAGUAUGGUAUGAUGCAACAGAAGGAUUGGUCUGGGAAUAAGUUUGAUGCGGUUAACUCGUAUCAGCGGAUCCCUCAAUGUGAUAAGUGAUAAUUUGGUUGUUGGAAGGGAGGUUAGAUUUUUGCCUUUUUGGAGCUUUAAUUGUCGUUUUUGAAAUAUAAUAUUAACUUUUGCCUUUUUAUUGUGCUGAUGGAUGAUGCAUAAAUUAUGUGAAUGACUUGAAAAGUUGAAAUCGUUUGUUUAAA